AUGUAACGGCGGUCAACAUUUCCUGCCGGACCGCGCGCCAAUUUUUUGAAAAGGUGGUUGUUUGGUGCGGGGAGUAAGAGGGCGACGACGACAAUAAUAAUUAUCCAGUAUGCCGGUGAAAAGAGCCCUCCGUCUUGAAAAGGAGAACGAAACUCCGGCUAAGAGACCGGCACCUGACAGAAACUAUUCCCCAGUGACUGGUACCUGCAGCCUGGCCUCCACACCUGUUCCUCCAGGCAAAGGGAAGACUGGUUAUCCAUCUGAAAUUCAGAACGCUCCAGCAGACGCUGAAAAAUCUGAUGUCCCAAGAUCAAAAACUGAAACGUUGCUGAAAAUAUUUCAAAAGGCAAAGCUACACAUUGAAAAAGCAUUGCCUAUGGAGGGCAGUAGUGAGCUGAGGAGCUUCUUCACCAGAGGAUCUGCUGAUCUGGAAGCUGAACUCUGCAAACACAGGGAGCUAGGUGCCUCGGUGGGAACAUGCCUCAGUGUGACUGACUUUGGCCAAUGUCCUCCUGUACAAGGUUUCGAGAAGCAGGCCAGUUCUUAUGAGUUUCUAAAAUCAAUCCUGAACUGAGUGGGAAUGUGCAGUUGGAUGUGGUUAAGGGUGGCGCUGCGGGGCGAAUGUGUGGUACGACUAUCCAGUCCGCACCAUAGGCACUGCCAGUCCCACCAGCCGGCGUCAGGGCAAAGCUGAGCGCUGGACACGUUGAACUCAGUAGCUAGCAAAGCUUUUGCCUUCUACCUUGACAGUGUUGAUCCUACCAUAAACUGCUGUGCCGCUGCAAAAAUGCCACACGCAUUCGUUCGCUGACCAAGUACUCAAUCCCGUUUGACAAAUGCACUGCGGAGCGGAAGGGGAACUCGUGGGCAGGGUCUUUUACUUGGCAGCGCCUGUGAGGGCCCCAGCCGACGACCUGUGCAACAGCUGGUGCUGCACUCAAAACACUUCCUACUCCUGCCCAAGGUGGAUCAUAUAACUCUCACUUUAUCACCCUUGGAGGCCAUCUGAAGGACAAAGAGCGUACACCCAUAAACCAAACUAAUGUUUUUGUACGGCCCCUCAGGGGGUGGGAAAAAGGCCUUGCCAGUAACCCAACUCCCCAUCAUCCCCCUCUCGCCAACGUGACCCAAGAGAGAGCGGAGCAACUGGAGUCCUUGGUCCAUCCAAGGUGCUGACCGCGAUAACUGCCAACCGGCCUUUUUUAGAUCGACUGCAAAAGCCAUCAGUCCCUUUUUCCACAACGGGUCAGUGCUCUCUCGCUGGCCAGGCACUGCAGGCUCAACGUGUGGCCCGCGGGCCCAAGAUCCAUCUUACCCCUGCUCUGGGGACUGCUGGCAAGGCAAAAGCAACAUCGCUCCCUUAGUGACCUAAUAACAUUUAUAGUUGAAAUGGAUUUUUUUUAAUGCCAGUCAUUAACUCCGAGAGAAAGGAAAAAAAGAUUGCUUUUGCCAGUUCUUUCUGUGGUAUUUCAGCUUUAUGACAUUAUGUUCUGAUAUGUCACCUUAGAUCAUAUUGGGUUUAGGGCCUGUCCCAUGAAUACCUUUGUCUUAAUGCAUGGCUUUCGUGUAGACAAUUCUGUAUUUACUGGUUGUAAUGAAUAUUUUAUGAGAAUAAAUAUUGUUUUAAUUACUGUCGAUGACACUGCAAAUUGUUAUACUGCAAGUUAUUUAGCUGUAGACUUCCUGAGGGGGAGCU